AUGCCAGAUUGCGACCCCGACACCACUUCAGACGACAAGGAUGCUCCUACCCCCGAUGAAGGCUCGCCUUCCUCCAGCUCUAGUGACGACCGUUACCUCGCUGACGAGUGCCGUCAUCUUGCCCAUCUCGAGGCCAUUCCUAUCCGUCACGGCGGUCAUCUUCGACUCAUACGCCGCGCCCGCGUAUCUCUUAGCCAAGGUACUUGGUAUGUCACGACCUGGAACAACGGGGGGCCCGAUAUCGAUAUUUGCUAUAGAGUUCCGGGCAGCAAGAACAAUUGGAUCGCCAGAUUCUCCAGAGUUGGUAGCAGUGAAAAGAUGUCGGAGCUUCUAAGCCUUGUCGCGUCUCACUUUACCGAAGAGCAAAAGUCAUACGACCAAAAACAUUACAUCAAUCAUGAGGAAGUGGAAGGAGAAGACGCCACGUCGAUCAUCAUCGAAUCUUUCAAGGGAACGUCCGAAGGACAGGUCACACUUGUGAUGACUGGGCCUGAGGAAAUCCCUGCACUCCAGGCAAGAUUGGGAUUUCGAAUAUGGGACCAGAUGGAGAGGAAUGACUAG